UAUAAUAACCUUUUCUGGUUUGUCUUAAUUGUCAUUUGUUUUUAGAUUUGUUAUUUUGUUUUUGGACACACACACACACACACACACACUUUAUGAUGCCAGUUGUGCAGCAGGCUGUUGGCGCUUGUUUUUCCUGCUUCUCAGAUAAGGGGUGUAAGAAAGAGAAAAUGAAAGUAGCUUGUGGUGAAAUGCAAAACAGGACAAAAGUUUGAACAGUUCGUUCUCUGUUCAAGGCGAAAGUAACUGAAAAACAACUGCUGGAGAAAGAUGGCUGAAGGCAAACCAAACGCAACACAAUCUUGUGCUGAAGUUACACAGAAUAAAGCUGCCUCUUGCAAUGUCACACGACCGAAGGAAGAAAAGGAAUCUGACACAAACACAAAUGAAGAAUCUCAGAAAUAUAACCAGGAUGUUCAACAAGUAGGAAACCAAGCUCAAGGUGAAGGGGAACACAAAGAGUGUUGUAAGGACCAAGGCCUGACAAAUCAAAAAAAGGAAAAUACAGAGCAAAAUGAAGACACUGUGCAGAAACAGUUGGAGAAAAACAAUGGGCAAGAAGAAAAGAAAAGCGGACUAACAGAAAAUGGUGUAAAAAACGAGGACGAUAACACAAAUCCAGUACACAAUGAAUGUCAAGGUGAGAAGAAUGACAAGCCGGAAGAACAAAAUACAGCAGUGGAUGGGAUGAUGGCACAGUCUGAAAAGGAGAAAAGUCAGGAGGAGGAAAAGCAAGGUCACAGUAAAAGUGAAGAACAGUCUUGUAAGGAGCCAUGCCCACAGAAUGAAAAAAGAGAAGAGCAUGAUGAAGACAUGGAGGGGAAACAAAGGGAGAAAGGCCAAGAGAAAGAGCAAUAUACUGGAGAACGUGGAGGAAAAAAAAGUGAAGUAACAAUCGAUAAUUUAGAAGACACAGUGGUGAACAUAGAACAGGUACAGAAGAAUGAAAAUCAAGGUGAAAAGAACAAUAAACCAGAAGAAAACAAUAUACAAGCAGAUGAGGCCACAGCAGUGUGUGAAAAGGAGAAAAGCCAGGUCGAUGAGAAAGCCAUAGAACCAAGGGAUCAGAGCAGCAAAGUAACCAUAAACAAUGUUAAGGAAGGAGAAAAUGAUGAAGAAAAUGUCCAAAGUGGAGGAAAAGGUAGUCAAGAUAGAAGUGACAAUAAACAAGCAGAGACGACAAAAGCUGAUCAGCAAGAGCCCAGAAAAGCCAAGGAACAUAAAAAGUUCAGAUUUUUUAAAAAAAGGAAAUAUAUCACCAUCAAGACUGGCAACACUCAAGAUACACAUGAGGAGUUUUUGAAACUUCUCCAUAGACAGAAAGCCACUCUAAUACAUGUGGAUAAAGAAAAGGAGUUCAAAUUCAUUAUGGUUUUCUGUCCUGUGGUUUCCCGAGCUGGAACAGAUAUUGAAGCAGCACUGUGUCAACUAAACAAAAAAUCAGACACCAAACCUGCUAUUCUAGUUGUUCUCCAUUGUACAAAUGAUCCAGAGUGUGUUGUACCAGAGAGCAGAAGAGCUGUAUCCAGACAGAAGAUUAUCGCAGUUGACUGUCUGUUCAGCGAGGAUUAUGGAUUACAUAAAUGCGAGAAGAAUAAAGCGGCUAUGUGCAAAGUUGUUCAAUGGCUCAAAACAAAACCAUGGAGAGAAUCAAGGUGAAGUUCAGUACAAGAGUAACACACUCAAUGAUGAGCUGGUGUGAUGCAGCCUCCUGUUAAAGGGCGAAGCUUAUUAUUUUUCCAUAAAAGCAUCUUUUUGAUUGAUUUGUCUUUUCUCUUCAAAAAAUAUAUAUAUAUAUAUAUAUAUAUAUAUAUUAUAUUUAUGUCUAACAAGUUAUCAAUUACAUUCUAAAAAUUAUUACCAGCUGUUUCCACAGCUGCUUUUUGUUCUCUCACUUCUCAGUGAUGCAUUUAAAAAAAAAAAAAAAAAAAAAAAACCCCUGCAGUUUAUCAUGCUACAAAAAAUUGUGUGACAGAAAAUUUACUGAUUUUUUUUCUAGGCACUGACAUUGGUUAAUCUUUUGAAAAAUCUGUUUAGUACUUUUUUUUUUAUUAUUUAUUUAUUUUUUUACUAAUUUACAGUUCUUACAUUAUUGCAAACAUAUCACACUUGUUCCUGUUUUUCAAACAGUUUCACAGUAAAUAUGCUUUAGUUAAAUCUGCUUUAUUAGUUUAUAUGCAUUUUAUGGACUCCACUGAUACCAGGUCAUGAAUAAGACAUUGCAUUUUGGCUGUCAUACAACUUUCUGCAUUUGAACCAGGAUAAGACUGAAGAUCACCACAGCAUUUUAGAUCCAGCAGCUAAACAUUAUUCUCCUCGGCAUUUGAGAUCCUGAGGUCUUUUGAUCAUCCAUUUAUGCCCCCCCCACACAAAUUCUUUAUCUAAUCUAUUUAAUAUCUGAAUUUCAUUGUUUUUCUAUCUAAAUCAAUUGCCAUCUGUUAAAUAUUCUUGCUAUAAAAAUAAAGCUGAAUUAACUUGAAAGCUGACUGGUUAAGAGACUUUGACCUUGUAGGCUGUACAAAUGUCACAUAUGAUUUGGGCGACACGUAGGCACCAAAACAACUGAAUGUUGGUGUACAACAUGGCAACAAUUCCCCUGCUUCCAUAUCCUGGUUCAAUCCUAAAUACACUAUAUAAUUUACUCAUCAUAUUAUUAAUUUAAGUGCAAUAAGCCUAUUAGGCGUAACCUAAUAUGUUGCUUAGUGAUUAAGAUUAAAUUAAUUUUCUUCAUACUGAAUAAAAAUCACGAUAAUAAAAUAAUGGCAUGGCAUUAAAUGGCACAGUCGAUGUACAGAAGAGUUAAGAGUUACUGUUAUGAUUAUCUCAGGAUGACAUUUAUUCAUGAUCCAGUACAUUUCAAUAAUUUGGACCCUGAUUACUGAUAUUUUAAGGUAACACAUAUUGUAGGUAAGACUAUUUGUGAGGUUACAGGAAUAAUGUAAACAGUGUAAACACAAGCAGUGAAAUGACAAAAAAUAUUGUAAAGUGGAAUUUUUUCUCAAAUGCACGUUCAUAAAUCAGUGGACGAAAGUAAAAGUAUCUUAACUUCCUGUUUGAAAACCGAAAAUUGUGCAACUGACACACUAAAGCAGCAGGUGUCUGUGAGAACAGCAACGAUUCAGGGGGAACGUUAAGUGAUUAAAAAUCACUUUAACAUAUAAAACAGACUCAUUAUAUCAUACUAUUCUCUCUAUUUCUCUAACGGAUUUUAAAGAAUUGAAAUCAGAGAUGGCUGCAGCAUCCAACUCCCAGUUUAAACUCCUUUCCCACCAAGAUAAACGGGUUCAGCUUGGCUCAGCAGUCACGUUCUCGAGUAGUCUGUCUCCUGAAAUCAGUGCUGUUGACAUGGAGAUCCGAUGGUUUAAGGGGACAGACUGUGUUUGUCUCUAUAAGAACAGAAAGGUGACAGAAGGGAGAGGCUACAAGGGCAGAGUGAGUCUGUUCACUCAGGAGCUGGACAAAGGAAACAUCUCCUUGCAGCUGAGUGAGAGCCGUGAAUCAGAUAUAGGACAUUACCUGUGUCAGGUGACUGACGGAGAAAGAGUGGGGAAGCUUACAGUAAGACUGUGGUGGCAUCCUCUUCAAAGCUUAAGCAGAAUCUUUCAGUGUGGUGUCAUUCCCUAUGUUAACGUCCAGCAGUGGGGAAAAAAAUGGACAGAAGAGGAGAAAAUGAAAAUGGAAGAGUCUUCAUUGCUGACUGAAUAUAAUACAGAUGUAAAAAGCAUCAUGAAGGAACUUCUAAAAAAGCACAGCGCAUUAGAAAAAACUGAGCAGCGACUGAAAAGCACCAUGCUCGACCUAAACAAAGCAAAAGAAGAACUAGAAGUUACUGCAGAUCCAGACAUAUCAGGCUCUGUGUCAAAACUGGAGUCUUCGCUCAUGGGUGGAGCAUCAUCAAGUUCAAAUUCUUCAGAAUUGCGGUUAGUGUUGCUCGGGAGGACGGGGUCUGGAAAGAGUGCAGCAGGAAACACCAUCCUGGGCAGAGUGGAGGUAAACCUGGAUGAAACAUCUACAGCCACUCAGCAGAGUGAGAGCACACACGGGGAGGUGGCUGGGAGGAAGGUGUCUGUGGUAGACACACCGGACUGGUUUUCUCCUGGAUUCUCUGCGGAGAAGGUGAGGGAGGAUGUGGAACUCUGUUUCCGUUUGUCUGCUCCAGGACCCCACGCCUUCCUCCUGGUCAUACCUGUAAAGCAGCCUAUAGGAGAGGAGAGAGGGAUGCUGGAGAAAAUAGAGGAGAUUUUUGGAGAGAAAUCUUGGGAGACUGCCUUCCUCCUUUUCACUGUUUCUGAUGAAGUUCAGAAAACAAAUAUUGAGGAGUUUAUCCAAUCAGGAGACCAGGAGGUCCAGAGACUUGUAGAGAAAUGUGGGAACAGGUUUCACUGUCUCAAUGUUAAGGAGAGUGGAGAUGGUUCUCAGGUCUCAGAACUGCUGGAGAAGAUAGAGAAGAUGGUGGGCCAAAAUGAAGGGAAAUUCCACAGCAGUGAGAUAUACCUGGAUACAGAGUCUGAGAUUGAAAAAAUGAUUUUGUUGGCUAAAGAAAAGAAGAUAACAGAUGAAGAACGGGAAAUGGAAGUGAAACUAGUGGAGGAGCUCCAGAAAUCUCUGAAAAAGAUCGAAGGAAUGAUCCAGGAACAUGAAAAAGAUAUCACACAGCUAAACAAUCACAUAGCUGAAAUAGAAGGAAAAAUCAAAGAAGAAAUGGAUGAAGUGAAAAAAGAGAAAAUGAAAGGAGAAAUAGAAGGAGAAAUGCAAAAGAGAACAAAGAUUGAGAAUAUAAUUAUGAUCCUGAAUGAAAAGAUAGAGUGGGAGAGGAGAGAGAUGGAGGAGAUAGUCAGACAAAAGGUGGAGGACAUAAGGAAAGCCUAUGAAGGAGAGGCUGGAAUGGAGGCAGAGAGAAGCCUUAUAAAAAGUAUCCUUCCUGAAAUCCAGAGAAAUAUAUUGACCUCCAAAUCAAAGAUGGAGGAAUAUUUCAGAGGACAGAUGGAAGAGAAGGACAAAGAGCUGGAGUUACUGAAAAAGACACUGACACAGCUUAAAGAAGAGGAAAACAAAUCCAUGUUGGGAAAAGAGGCUCAUAAAGAGCCUGGAGAAAUUGCCUUCAGAAACAAGUGGAGGAAACGUGGUGGUAGUAUAUGAUUACAGAGAAAUUCACAUUGUUUUAUAAGACAGUGAUAAGUUUAUUAAUGUAAAUCUAUGAUUAAUUCUGUCUUGUUUGCUGGAGAGAAGAAGUUCUACUCUUGAGCAUUUAACAAUCCUGGCAACCAGCCACAUACAAAACUGGUGCAAAUGAUUUUGUGGAUUUAAUAGAAAUGACAUAAUUACAAAGGCAGUUUCUAAACCUAACUCAUCAUAUUAUAUUCUCAUAUUAUCAUACAUCUCAUAUUAUCAUUAACCAUUGGUGAUUUUUCCUAUUGUUUAUGAUUGUGAAUAGUAGUUACACCGUGCUUGUCUGUAAUGCUGUAUAACAGUGUAUCAGUGGGAGUCUUUUGUGAUGAUGAAAUUCUAAUCUUUGUAUGUGUUGUCAACCAAAGACUUUUAUUUUGUAAAUUUUAAUUACAUUUUGUGCAUCAAAAAUAUGGAACAUGUAUCAAUAAAUGUUUGUUAGACUCCA